AUGGAGCCAUUCCAUGCUAAACUGGUCGCGGCUGCGACUGGUUCUACGGUGACUGCCUUGACGAUGACACCAUUUGAUGUGGUGAAAACCCGACUGCAGACACAACCACCAGCGUCGCAAUCUAUGUUUCCGAUGCCUCCUCCGAAUACAUGUUGUCAGCCAUCCACAUCAAUACCAUGUGUGCGUCGGAUGUCCUCGCUCGCUCCUCCACUAGAAGGAGAGAUAGUCUGCGUCUGGGACCAUGGAAUUAUGCGAAGAGAAAGGGUGACCGGAUUUCUUGAUGCUAUUCGGCAUGUGAUGCGUGCGGAGGGUAUUCUUGGAUUGUGGAAGGGUGCAGGGACCACAUUAGUGAUCGGAGUUCCCUCUUCAACAUGCUAUAUGCUCACGUAUGACCAUCUCCUGAACGUCACAUUACCUCCACUCCUCCCACCAACAAUCGUCCCCCUGUGUGCCGGUAUGCUUGCAAGGUCGUCAAUAUCAUCUAUCAUGUCGCCACUAGAGCUUAUCCGCACGAACUUGCAAUCAACACCGCUCUCACCGGACAACCCGCAUACUCUUCGCUCCGUUCUCACCUCAGUUCGUGGAUUCACGCGCGCACAUGGACCGUCCUAUCUAUGGCGAGGUCUUGCACCAACCCUCUGGCGUGAUGUGCCAUUCAGUGGACUGUACUGGGCUGGAUACGAGAUGUGGAAGAAAGCCUUCGCUCGGCAGGGCUUGAGCGGGCCGCAGGUGGCUUUCGUUAGUGGAGCGAUCAGCGGGACAACAGCAGCUCUCUUGACAUCGCCAUUCGAUGUCAUGAAGACUCGGCGGCAGGCGGUGGCAAUGCACGGGCAUUCCACGAAAAGUGCGACUUUCCCGCUUAUGUUACAUAUCAUCCGGACGGAAGGCGUAUUUGCGCUUUAUGCUGGCAUCAUGCCUCGAAUAGCCAAGAUCGCCCCUGCAUGCGGUAUCAUGAUUGGGUGUUUCGAGGGGAUUGGCAAGUUUCUUGCGAAGGAAGAGUCAUAG